AUGUCAGACAAAGAGGGAGAAACCGCUUUGUAUAACGACAGGGAGGAAGAGGCCAGACAAUUUUUUAGUGAUUCCGCGGAACCACAAUCACAGGGGGGAUCAAAUGAGUUGGCGGUGAAUGAAAACGAAGACAACAACAAUGACGAGGUCGAAGACGAUGCAGAUGAAAACAUUUACUCUAUACAAGCACACAAGAUAACAGGGGACGAGGAAAAUAAUAGGGAAGUGACCAUGAAGAAAAACGUUAGAAAGGCCAAAAAAUACGAUGAAUUUAAAAAUGAAAGAGAUGAACAGGGAUUCGUUCCAAUGGGAGAAAAUCCAGAAUAUGGAGGCAUGGAUUAUAGUAAUGAAGACCCACAAGCAAGAAAGAGAAGGCUUUUGGAAGAAAAGAUGGAAUCUGCGAUCAAGAGUAAGACGUCAAGACGUCGUAGGGCCGAUGAGGACGAUUUAGAGAGAAUGCAAGAUGACAGAAUUGAUUUUUUGAAAGACCAAAUGAUCAAGGCCGCCAACUUGGACGUGGAAAAGAAUUCGCAGGGACAGAUUGCCACUGAAAAAUUGAAAUUGUUGAAUGAAGUGGUGGAUAUUUUGUCCAAGGCUGACUUAGCUAUUUCCAUCUUGGAUAACAACUUAUUGGAGGCAGUUAGAUUAUGGUUAGAGCCAUUACCCGAUGCAUCAAUGCCUGCGUAUCAAAUUCAAAAAGAAUUAAUUCACUCGUUGACCGUUUUGCCUAUUAAGACAGACCAUUUGAUUGCAUCAGGCAUAGGAAAGGUUUUGGUAUACUAUCAAAGAUCGAAGAGAACAGAAGCCAACUUAAAGAAGGUGGUAGACAGAUUAAUUGGGGAUUGGACCAGACCUAUUUUAAACAAAUCAGACUCAUACAAGGAUCGUACCAUCCAAUUCAACGAAUACAAUAAGAACAGAUUCACCAACCAGUUAUCAUCAGCACGUCGUAGUAAACCAAAGGAAGCUAAGUCUUUAUACGAAGAAAGUGCUGAGAGAAGAAAGAGAGCAGCCAUUCCAGCUGCUAGAACCACUGCUUAUAAGAUCGCACCAAAGGUCGAUCCAAGCUUGUUAAGAAGACAGCAAUUAAACUCCAAUGGUAACAACGAUGAAAGAUUCAAGAGAAUCAACCAGAAAUUAACUCUGAUGAACUUCAAAAAGAAGUCAUCUAAAAAGUCAGGGCCUUCCAUUGAAGGAAGGAACUUGACCAUUUAA